AUGAAAAGAGGCCCUAAGGCAGUAUACAUUAUUAAUGCAUUUUGCAGGGGUUUCAUCCUCACGGCACCUAAAGUGAUUGAUGCAGGAAGCACGGAAUAUUUCACCCUCACCGUAUUCGACGUUCCAUCCGGUGAACAAGUGAUAUUAACUCUACUUCACGGUUACACCGGAACUGUCAUGGCGAAGAGUGAAGUAAACGUUGUAAAUAAUUACAAUGUUUGGAUCGAAAUGGUGGUUCCACCUAUUUCAGCGGACAUGGACGCGAAGUUGCACAUCGAAGGCACCUUCAGUAAUGGAUAUCGGAUAAACUCCGAAAAAAGAGUUAAGAUCCGACAUAAUUCUGUAAUCACCUUCAUUGAGACGGAUAAGCCUUUGUACAAACCAGGACAAAUAGUUCGAUUUCGAGUUUUGCCAAUGGAUAGCCAACUCAAGCCAUUAGGAAAUGAUACAAUUGGGGACGUUUGGAUAGAAGAUCCGUCCAACAUCAGGGUUGCACAGUGGAAACAAGUUAAGUUCACUGGAGGUAUGGUACAAUUAGAGCUUCCACUGUCAGAUGAACCAACUUUAGGUGCUUGGAGCAUCAAAUCUGUGAUAAACAAGGUCCCUGUGAGCCACAAGUUCAAAGUGGAGAAGUACGUUUUACCAAAAUUCGAGGUAAAAAUAAACCCACCAGAAUAUUUAAUGGCAGAUGCCCAAGUUAUUUCGGCAGAAAUCUGUGCCUGGUACACCUAUGGAAAAAAGGUGGAUGGUACUCUCAAAGCCAAAAUGACUUAUCAAAAACAUGAUUGGGAAAAAGAACGCCCCAUUCCAUCUGUUGAGUACAUUGGACCGAUUUCUGGGUGUCACGGAUUUUCUGUUAAUGCACAGGACAUGUUUUUCUCAAACAGUGAGUUUGGCUAUCGGAAGAUUAAAAUCAUUGCCGAAGUCACCGAGAAUGGAACUGAAAUUGUGAGAAACUCAUCAGCUACAGUGACAGUUACGCACACACCUCUGUUUUUGAAAUUUCUUGGGAGUGAAAGCGCUUCGGGCUUUUUUAAACCUGGAAUACCAUUUAAUGGCAAACUAAAAGUUCAAAAGCCUGAUGAUACACCUGCUCCUUCAGAAAAAAUAGAAAUAUGUGCUGAAUUUCAUGCAUCCGAGCCAUCUCACAGCCUGCAACGACGAAAGAAAAUAUGCAAUACUUUCACCUCCAACAAGCAUGGCUUGAUUCAAUUUUCAGUGGCACCAGUCCCGUCAUCGCUGUCGAAGAUUACAAUUGACGCAAAAGCAGUGAAUCAUAUUCGUGAGAGCUACGAAGACGAAAUUAGACGAAUGAAAAUAGAUCAGCCUCACGUAUACCUUCAACUUUCGCCUUGGUUUUCCCCAUCUGGCUGCUACUUGCAAAUUGAACCGAUUGUCGAUGAACUGGAGUGUGAGAAGCUGAAGAGAGUGAAAAUUCGAUACAGGGCUGAAAAAGGGAAGGCUAUUAAGUUUUUCCAUCAAGUACUUUCCAGAGGCCGCAUCGUGCAGCAAGGAUCACAUCAACGGACAUUUUACACCCCCGAAGAAGAUGGACAGUACGAUUUUGAUGUCAUCCUUGACACAACUCCAAAAGAUCCAUUCAGCAAAUAUUUGGUGGACACAAGCAACUCCACGGAUCUUCUGGAUGCAGGAGAAUUCAGCUUGAGUUUUGAUCCCAGAGCCACGAUGACACCUGUGGCAAGAUUGCUCGUGUUUUAUGUGAGGGAGAACGGAGAAGUUAUCGCCGAUUCAGAAAUGUUUCGGAUUGAAAAAUGUCUGUUGAAUAAGGUUGGACUUCACUUUCGGCAUGAGCAACAAUAUCCAAGCACAGAAGCUACAAUGUUGUUGUCAGCAAGUCCGUUUUCCGUUUGCGGAAUCGGUAUGGUGGACAAGAGCAUACGAUUACUUCAGCACGAUUCGCAAUUUAACAGGAAAAAGCUUUUUGAACUGAUGGAAACUUACGAUAUAGGCAAAAACCAUGAACCUCGUCAAGUGGAUGAAGACUACUGUGAAAAUAAAGACUCAACAAACCGACCGACGUUUUCAAAUUACGCAUCACUUGUUAGAAGUACUUCGAAGCACGUAGAUUCAAUGAUGGCUUUUGAGUUUCAGGAAGCAGGUAUGGUUGUCAUCAGUGACUUGGAACUGCAGACUCGACCUUGUGUUAAUGACUACCCCAUUGCAAUUCCCUAUGCGUAUGGCGGCAUCAUGCCAGACAGAGCUUUUCCAGUAAAUAUGUAUUCUCAUAGAAGCAAAGGGCGCAUGGAAGACAGCUUCGCUUCUCAACGAGGGCCUCCCUCGCUUCUACCCGUACCCGAAAUGAAAUCUAAAUCACCACCAAAGUCAACUGAAGAAAUCCGCAGCUACUUUCCUGAAACAUGGCUUUGGGAAAUGCAAACCGUUGGACCUAGCGGUGAAAUGGCACUUUCUCGAAAACUGCCACAUACAAUCACUGAGUGGACGGGAGGGGCGAUUUGCCUUCAUUCAAAGACAGGACUCGGAAUUUCGGAGCCAAGUAGUAUCACUGCUUUCCAGCCAUUUUUCUUAUCCUUCCAACUUCCGUACUCCGUCGUUAGAGGAGAAACUUUGCCUCUUGUGGUUUCCGUCUUCAACUACUUAACGGAAUGCUUACCAAUAAAGUUAUCCAUGGAACCAAGUAAAGAUUAUAAAAUUCUAACUGAAUCUCGCUUCCACAAGAUAUGCGUGUGCGCCGGCGAAAGUAUUUCUACACGUUUCCAUCUUCGUCCCGUAAGUCUUGGUCAGUUGAAUAUUACAGUCUACGGAUAUUCUUUGGAAGAAGACGACGAAGUCUGCGGGAACGAAAUUACAGCUCGUUUGAGUGCUAGGGAUGCAGCAACGAAGCAACUACUCGUCGAGGCAGAAGGCUUCCCUAAAGAAGAAGUUUUCAAUUAUUAUAUUUGCCCAGAAGACACCAAUGGAACUUAUGCUUCUGAAGUAGACCUGUUAUUACCUGAGAAUGUGGUUGAUGGUUCUGCAAGAGCUUUCAUGUCCAUAUCUGGUGAUAUAAUGGGUCCAGCUUUGAACGGAUUAAAAUACUUGGUCCGUCUGCCCGUCGGUUGCGGAGAACAGAAUAUGGUACUUUUUGUACCAAACAUAUUUGUACUUGAUUAUUUAUCAUCUGUUGGUAAAAUCAGCGAGGAAAUUAAACAAGAAUGUCUAAAUAAUAUGAGGAAAGGAUACCAGAGGGAACUCCAGUACCGCCACGGAGAUGGUUCAUACAGCGCGUUUGGUAAGAACGACAUCGAAGGGAGCCUUUGGUUGACAGCCUUUGUAGUCAGGUCCUUUGGUCAAGCAAGAAGAUUCAUCGACAUUGACGAGCAUGACCUCAGACUCAGCACAGCUUGGAUAUUAGAAAAACAGUUUGAAAACGGGUGCUUUGAGUCCACGGGAUACUUGCACCAGAAGUCUUUAAAAGGAGGUCUAAAUGAAGGAGAUCAGUCUCUUGCUCCAUUGACUGCUUACGUUCUAAUUUCCAUUUUGGAAUCGGGAGCAGUAAAACCUAAUCAAAUAUCGAUAAAGAAUGCUUUGAAAUGUUUAGAAGCUGAAUCCAACCCCAAUAGUUAUGGUUUGGCACUAUUUUCUUAUGCUGCAGCAUUGUCAGGAGAAAUUUCUUCAGCUGAAGCGCAUUUGAAACUAUUGGAAGAAAAGUCUGUUAGAAAGGGUAGCUUGAUGUUCUGGGAUUCUGGCAAAUCCAAAUCUGUCAGUAUAGAGAUUGCUGGAUACUAUAUUCUUGCUAAACUUGCUGUAUCGAAAAAUUCUACAGAGAACAUUGCUCAAAUUCAACCAGUAGUGCGCUGGAUCACAAGACAACGAAAUACAAACGGAGGAUUUGUUUCUACACAGGACACUGUAGUAGCCCUACAAGCUCUGUCAACAUUUGCUUCACGACAGUCACAAAAGGCAGUGGAGAUAGGAGUGGCCAUUGAAAGCAAUGAACUAGUUCAAGGAUUCAAAGUUGAAGAAGAUAACAAGUUGGUGACCCAAAGCACGAAAAUCCCAGUGCUGCCGACAGGUGUCGAUCUUCAAGCCGUUGGGGAAGGCUGUAUUUUAGUCCAAUACAAUUUGCGGUACAACGUGAAGAAGGUUUCAGGCAAAGAGGCAUUUGAUUUAAAUAUUGACGUACUUCGCCUUGAAAGUAUCAACUGCAAUACACCAAGAAUAGGAAUAUGUAUGAGGUACAAAAUAUUAGAUGAGACGUCAAACAUGGUGGUUGUAUCUGUGAAGAUGGCAUCGGGAUUUAGUCCGGAUGAAUCGAGUCUUCAGAACCUUGUAUCAGAUCCAACUGUGCAAUUGAAACGUCAUGAAAUUGAUGGAAACGAGGUUAAUCUAUACUUUGACGAGCUUACGAAUGAACAGAAAUGUUUACAUUUCUUCAUUCAAAGUGAGGUUGAAGUGGAAGAUAUACAGCCGGCUUCGAUUCAUCUGUACGAUUACUAUGAACCUGAUAUGAAAGUAAUAAAAGAAUACAUGAUUCCAUCUACAUGUUCUGCUGAGACCAUCCCCGAGUUACCUCUGCUACCUCCUAUAGUCAUUGACACUGAAGACAAUGGAGGUUUGUAUACCUUUGAGGACGAAUCCAUGACAGUGUCAUCCGAGACAAUAACAGAACUGCCUGAACUUAGUACCAUUGAGAACGUGACCCUAGAUUAUUUCCCAGAACUGAAUAUUUCAACCGAACAGACCACUGAAUUCAGCAACGGAUCACAAUUCUCAGACAGCUUGGAUGUUGUUGAAUUAUCUGAUGAUGCUAGUGUGUUUGACGAUGCGGCUAAUUCAAGUAAUUUAGAUAAUUUUAUUGAUGUAUCGUAUGAUUUAGAUUUUCCAGAUGGAAUCGAAGGAAACAUGCCUGUGUCUGUACUUCCAACAGAUGAAACCACAGAAUCAAUCAUUGCAACAACAUACGAAGAAGACUGUCCUGUAUGUGAAGAAUACUUUCCUGAAAACUUUAGUGAUGUCUACUGUUCAUCCGCAUUUGCGUUACGAGUUAUGGUAAAAAAUGACUUAGGAGUUGUGAAAAUCCUUCAUGAUGUAAGUGCCGAUGUUCCCCAACCAAAAGUUAUAAGAAAAUUUGCCACAUUAGAGUACAAUUCAAGAUGCUUUUGUCCUCAAGUCCACGAAAAGGGGAAAGUAUUGCUCGUCAUAGGAACACCCAUUACCUUAUGGAAUGCAGAAAAGGAUAAACAUCAGCUUCAACUCAACAACAAAGUGUUCAUCAUUCCAUCAUCCAAAGCAGUGCAACCAACAGAACUGAGGAAGGCGAAAAACCAGUGUAAUAAUGACCCAUAAACUAUUCCUGGUAAUUUUGCAUGUUCAUAUUUCAUACCUCAUUGUGAACGAACUUAUUCCUCAUUGACUUUGUACAU